AUGGGCGACGACAUGGAGAAGACCGAGGCGCAGCUCCUCCUGAUGCGCCUGUACCCGGACCUUAACCAGCUGUCCGCGGGGGAGCGCGUGCAGCAGCGCGUGAAGCGCAUGGGCGGCGACGUUCGGCAGCUAGUGAAGGAAUACUAUGGAGAGCGUUACGACGGCGAGAGAGUUUCUGCUUGUGAGAAUGGUGUUGCGCGAGGAAUUCGGUAG